AACGGCGCCUGCGCGGAGCCCCGCGGCCGCCUCAGGGCCGCCAUGGCGCCGGCGGCGGGCUGCGGGCGGGUGGCGGCCGUGUCGUGCCUGGUGCUCUGCGCCUCCCUCCUGCUGCCGAGGGCCCUGCUGCCAAAGGGCGGCGGGAGGACGGAGCCCGGGGCCGCGCCGCCCGACGGGAAGCCUGGUCGCUUUCCACCCAGGAUGCAUUACCAGGCCACCCCCGACAGCCGAGCUACCCCUCAUUUUCCAAGGUCUCACCUCGCUGAAGCAGUUGCCAAAGCCAAGGCCGGUGGAGGUGGUGGCGGAAGUGCUGGUGGAACUGGGAGAGGUCUUGUGGGGCAAAUUAUCCCUAUAUAUGGAUUUGGCAUCUUCUUAUAUAUCUUGUACAUUUUAUUUAAGCUGGCUUCCAAGGGAAAAACUACAGCUGGAGAACGGAAAUGCCCUACUGCUGCACCUGGAAACAUGAAGAGGAAAAUCACUGACUAUGAGCUCACCCAGCUCCAGGAAAAACUGAGAGAGACCGAAGAAGCUAUGGAAAAAUUAAUCAACAGAGUAGGCCCUAACUGUGAAAGGACCCAAAAUGUUACAACAGAGCAGGAAAAAAGGUUGCUUCAGCAACUGCGAGAAAUUACUAGAGUGAUGAAAGAAGGCAAAUUCGUAGAUGGCACCUCUCCGGAGAAAGAAGCUGAAGAAGCUCCUUACAUGGAGGACUGGGAAGGUUACCCAGAAGAGACCUAUCCCAUCUAUGAUCAUUCCGAUUGCUUCAAGCGCAAGCGGGAAACAAUCCUGGUAGAUUAUCCCGAUCUCAGCCAGCCCUCUGCAGAAGAACUGGCCGAAAGAAUGGAGGGCAUGGAAGAUGAGGAUUACCUGUGCAAUGAAACCCUACUCUCUGGCCUCACCAUGGGGAGGGACAGCCACAAUUUAACGCAGAAAAGGGAUGAGGGAACUGGCAUCGGUGAAGAGGAGAGGGACCAUCAUGACAGCCAAAGCACUGAGGAGUGUUGUUACUGCUACGAGGAGGAGGAGGAUCCUGCUGUUAUAGCGGAGAAUGCUGUAUUCCACUCGGAGAGCUGCAGUGAAGCAGAAGAGCCAGCCUCAGAGGACCUGUUCAUGGAGUCUGACAAUGAAAAUGCAGCACUGAAAAAGCAAAAAGCUGGCGAUUCAGGUGAAACAGGCAUGCUGAGAAAGCGCAACACAAAAGGACAUGAGUAACAGUGACAAUAUGUGAAUGUCAUCCGGGUGGUGACACUAAAGGUCAUAAACUGUCAGUUUGUGUGAUUUUUGCUUCUGAAGAAGAGAAUUCUUUAUUCAUCUCUGUGUACGAAUUCGAUUCCCACAGUAACAAUCACAUCAUCCACCCCAACUGCAAGCCAACACCCUGCAGUCAUGUCAACUUAUCACUACCUUGCCAUGAGCACUUUGUCCUUCCUUUUGGAAACUGAUACCUCGAAGAAGAUUAUUCCAUUCCUAUAUUUGUGUGUUUUGUUUUGUUUUUUUUUUAUUUAUUUCUGAUUUCUGAACAAGCAGGGUUUGUGUUUUUUGUUUUUUGUUUGUUUGUUUGUUUUUUUUGCCAAGAGUAAAUCAGAUGUCUUUUUCCUAAAAAAAAAUCUCUUUUUUUUUUUGGUGUUACCUAUUAUGGAAAUGAAUCAAAUUCAGAUAUAGUUAAGAGAUGAUCAUGAAGCUGGAGGAGAAAGUAUGCCUUCUUACUCUUAACCGAUCAGCAAAACAGACCAUAGUCACACAAGUCGUUCUUUCUCCACUGCGGCAUUGCUGCUGGAAGCCCAAGAAACUGCUGUUACUACAAUUUAUAAAACUUAAAUGCUACCACAACCCACAGCCCAUUUCCCAGUUUAUUUAAUGCUGUAAGACCAGUAGCGUAACCUUUUUCUCGUCCCAAGAAAAGCAUAAGCAAGACUGAAGCAUAAUGUGUUUUCUUUGUCUUCGCCAUAGCCAUGGUGAAAUGACUUGCUGAAACUCCCAGAUGGGCACAGGAAUCAGCCCGUGCAUCGUGUUGUAGAACAUUUAAAAUAUCCCUGGUGAUUUGCUCUUGAACUUUGGAAGUACUGGAAGUACACUGAGCGGCUCAUUUGAAUCCGCGCAUAUCUACGUUUAACAAAACACACGUGUACCACGUGUACGACUAUGUGCCAGCUGUAUCCCCAGAUCACCAGGGCGUAUCUGGAGUAUAAAAAAAGCAUUUUGCCCUGCACACUCAGAUUGGGUUUGUUGUUCGGUGGAUGUCUGCCUUUGAGGCAUCUCUUUUGGUUUUGUUAGCACUGAUUUGUUUUCCAGGUGACAACUGUGGCCUGAUGUCUACAUCGUAGUAUCUUAUUCGUAAAGAAUUCCUGCUUAGAGAAUUAAGGAAUAAAGACCAAAAAUAUGUUCAUAGUAAUGGAAGACUGAAAAUAGAGGAAAUAUAUUGAGUACUCUGUUUUACUAGGAGUGUAUGUCUUUUAAAAUCAUUCUGUAGACCAACUUUUAUUUUUUGUUUCCUGGAGCCCCUCAACACUGUCCUUCUCUCUUCACUGUGUCAGUAGUUCGAGCCCUGUCUCUGAGCUGAGCUCGUGUCGCUGGGAAUCCCUGCUGGGCCUUCACAACACCCAUGAGUGCAGCGCUUCUGUCCAAGCCAGAAUCUCUGCAGGUGAGAAUAGCAAUUGAUAAUUGCUAUCUUAACUCUGCUGCAGCUCACAGAAAUACGGACUUAGAAGAUUUUACCUGUCUAUAUAAAUAUGUGCUCAUGUCGUGCUUCAAAUGCCAACAGCUUAUAAAGGUAUAUGAAAUUUUAAAAAGUCAUUGCUUCCUUUCAAUUUGUACAUUUAACUUUGUGCAAUAUAUUGUAAACACGUGAAAAAGCGGUGUUACACGUAAAGCGUAGGGUAGAAUUUUUAGCUGUUUUCGUACUUCAAGAAGCUAAAACGUGGUAAAUUGUUGUGAACAACAAAGUCCGCACUCCAAAGUGCGUUCAUUGUGAAACUCCUGCAGACUGCAUCCAAAUCCUGCUCCUAAGGACAGUUCAACUCCGGACAAUAUCCAGCGAGUCACUAUUUGUGUGCGUUGUGCUGGGUUAUGCACACUCAUGUGGGAUACAGAUAAGUAGUCCCGUGGCCUCUGAUGGGCAGUGUUUCUGUCUUGGCUAAACACGUAGGCUGACCAGGCCUGGAGGCAGCGCUGACUGUGAAGACACCCAAAAAUUUUAUUGUAUCUACCUGGCUGCUGAGUGCUGCUUUAGUAACGACUCGGGUACUGCAGAGGCAGAGCCAGCAGCCAGGGAGGUAACACGAACACCUCUGGAAAAAAGGAAGGGAGCGACGCUUGUAAAACAGCAUAGUUUUUAACAGUGUAUUUUGACAUGAGGUUUUCUGAAAGGAGAAUAGAUGACGAUAAACUAAGGGCCAGAUCACCACAGGCACUAAGGAAUAGCAAAGCCCCAGCAUUUUAGGCACCCGUCGGCCUAGAAGAAAUUCCAGUUUCUAAGCAUAGCAGAGGGACAGUGAGGCCCCUGCUGCCACACACAGCCUGGCUAAGCAGAGAGCUGCUUUGGCCAAACACCAGGAAUGCCAAAGGGAAGACUUGCCCCUACAACAAUUAAUUCCAGACUUGGAGGUCACUCAGUUUAUAAAUGUCAGUAGGAAUUCGUCAAGCACUUUCAGGGCUGUCCCAGCCUUUCCUUGUAGGGAUAUCCCUCCUAGGGAUAAAGGCGGCCUGUGAUAAUGACACUCACUACAGUAGUGGGAGGCAUUUAUAAAUCCUCACACUGACCUGGAGCAAGGACCAUGAACCUCCGCCGUCCCCCAGGGGUGGCCUAACCAAUUCAUACAUCCUUUGGAGCUGUUCCACUUUGCCCUGGUAGUUAAAUUAUCCUUGUAUUGGCAGCAUAAAUAUCAAGAAACUGACGUGUGACAUACUAAUCUUUGAAACUAAUAAAAAAAAUAAUUUAACUCCUACAUCCAGUCUGGUUUUUGACCUUGGUCCUUCCACAUUUAAAAAUGAUAAUAACCAAAGGUUCCCCUCCGAGCACAGAGACCAGUUGUCAGGACUCCUUUCAAUGCCCGUGAGACAGACAAUUGCUUCAUAUUCCUUUGCAGCACCAACAGGCAGAAAUGAGAGUAAUGCAGGUUGACAGUGCGGUGCCAAAGAGCCUGAACAGCUCAAUCUUGAGGUCUUGAUUACCUUGGCAGCCCCGCGGAGAGUACCAGUAAGUGCUCUUAGGAUGUGGGCAGUGAUACGUCGUGGCUUACCAGGAGCCUUCAAACUAAGACUGCCCCUGUUUAUCUGAUGCUUCCUUUUCUUUGCUUCAGCUCCUGAAACAGAAGCGUGUAUUUAUGCAUUUUAGAAAGGCAUCACCUCUGAAGUGCGCCCAGCAUUCUCAAUUAUUAAUUGCUCAUUUUUAGCAGAGAGCAGUUGUAAUUUGAAGAAGAGUUUAUUUAAAUGAAAUUAGGAUUCUGCCAAGAAAUUCUAUUAAAUCAAAAUCACGGGUCAGAACACGAUCAAACCUGGGACACAGGAAAAAAUAUGGAAGCUCUGAUGGAAUCCCACUGAAAGCAGUUGGGCUGAUUAACAGCACAUGCUCCUCUACCUGCAGUAUUUCUUAAAACAGAAAUAAGUGGUUGUACUUUUUAUUAGUGCUAAAAUAAAUAGCACACUGUUCAAAUUAAAUAUCUGCUAAAACAUUCACUAACACAGAAGUGCUAAUUAUUCCUGGGUAUUUGUUAAUGGUUACAAGUAAUUACAGGCGUUCUAUGGGAUCAAAAAAUAAACUAUGAAAUAUAAGAUCAGUGCUGGUCCCCAAAAUGCUGUAAACAAGAUUAUUAAUUAAAUAAUACUUGUGUAAGAGAUAAACAUGUAAGAAGUUUAUUAGACUCUUUGCAGCAAAAAUCAGUGAUCUAUUAAUGAUCUAUUUUGCAAUGUUUUUUAUAUAUCAAAUAUAUAUUUUAUAUAUCAUAUUUCAAAGAAACUUAAUACAACGUCAGAUGACACAGACCAAGGAUCCAAUGUACAAAUACAGCUGGAAAAAUUGGUCUAGUCAGGUAAUUUUUAUCAGCUUUGGAGCAUCACCAAUUUUAGGGAGGGGCAGAUUCCUAGAAAGCAAAUAGACACCUGACAGUAGACGCGUCACUUUUUAUGGUUAUCAUUUUUGUUUGGAAUUUGUGUUAGCAUUAAAGGUAAAAAUUCAGCUAAAACAACACUGGAAACUCCUUAUGUUAAAAACCUCCAUAUUCUGUGUAGGUAAUUUAUUAAGGUAUCUCUGACACGGGGUAUGGAAAGACAUAGUUGCUUCAAACUAAUCAAGUUUAAUAUUUUUGCACAAUGUUCAGUAUUGACACACACUGGAAACUAUAUGACAGAAAUAAUGGAAAUUAUAUGAAUUAUGUAAAUUAUGUGAAAGUAAGAAAUCAGUCAUUGUACGUCCUGGUAAAUAAACAUGUACUCCAGAAUACCAAA